AUGUUCCGCUCUGUCUUGCCCCGGGCUACACCGCGGGCUGCUCUCCGUCAUGCUGCCCCCAGGGCCAACUUCGCUCCCUCAAUGAUCUUCAUUGGCUCAAAGCGUGGCUACGCCUCUGAAUCAGGUGACCAUGACCUUGUUAUCAUCGGUGGCGGUGUCGCCGGUUACGUUGCUGCCAUCAAGGCUGGCCAGGAAGGUCUCAAGACCGCAUGUAUCGAGAAGCGCGGAACCCUCGGUGGUACCUGCCUGAACGUCGGCUGCAUUCCCUCCAAGUCCCUCCUCAACAACUCCCACCUUUACCACCAGAUCCUGCACGACACCAAGAAGCGCGGUAUCGAGGUCGGCGAUGUCAAGCUCAACCUGACCCAAAUGUUGAAGGCCAAGGACACGUCCGUUGAGGGCCUGACCAAGGGUGUUGAGUUCCUUCUUAAGAAGAACGGCGUUGACUACGUCAAGGGUGCCGGUUCUUUCGUCGAUGCCAACACCAUUAAGGUCGCUCUCAACGACGGUGGUGAGCAGACCCUGCGCGCUAAGAACAUCAUUAUCGCCACUGGCUCCGAAGCCACUCACUUCCCCGGUCUCACCGUUGAUGAGAAGCGCAUCAUCACCAGCACCGGCGCCCUUGCACUCGAGGAGGUCCCCAAGAAGAUGGUUGUCAUUGGUGGUGGUAUCAUUGGUCUCGAGAUGGCUUCCGUCUGGUCCCGUCUCGGUGCUGAGGUCACUGUCGUUGAGUACCUUGGCCAGAUCGGUGGCCCCGGCAUGGAUGCCGAGAUCGCCAAGCAGGCCCAGAAGAUCCUGGGUAAGCAGGGCAUUAAGUUCAAGACCGGCACCAAGGUUGUUUCAGGUGAUGUCAGCGGUGCUACCGUCGGCCUGAACAUUGAGUCCGCCAAGGGUGGUAAGGAGGAGACCAUCGAUGCCGAUGUUGUCCUUGUCGCCAUUGGCCGCAAGCCCUACACCGAGGGCUUGAACCUCGAGAGCGUCGGAAUCGAAAAGGACGACCGUGGUCGUCUCGUUAUCGAUCAGGAGUACCGCACCAAGGUUCCCCACGUCCGUGUCAUCGGUGACUGCACUUUCGGUCCCAUGCUGGCCCACAAGGCCGAGGAGGAGGCCGUCGCCGCCAUUGAGUACAUUAAGACUGGUUACGGCCACGUCAACUACGCCGCCAUCCCCAGCGUUAUGUACACCCACCCUGAGGUUGCUUGGGUUGGCCAGAAUGAGGCCGAGGUCAAGGCCUCCGGCGUCAAGUACAACGUCGGCUCUUUCCCCUUCAGCGCCAACUCCCGUGCCAAGACCAACCUUGACACUGAGGGUGUUGUCAAGUUCAUUGCCGAUGCUGAGACCGACCGCAUUCUCGGUGUCCACAUCAUCGGACCCGGUGCCGGUGAGAUGAUCGCUGAGGCCACCCUUGCCAUUGAGUACGGUGCCUCCAGCGAGGAUGUUGCCCGUACCUGCCACGCUCACCCCACUCUCUCCGAGGCUUUCAAGGAGGCCGCCAUGGCCACCUACUCCAAGCCUAUCCACUUCUAG